GGAAGGCAGUGUUUGUGGCCUCAUCCUUUGCUCCAGCUCCAUAGUGAAAGCUCCUUGGGUGCACAAUAUCAGAUAGAUAACGGAUAUCAGAUAGAGAUCAAAUAGCCCCCAGCCACCUCUCUCCUUGCAUGAGGCAGAGGUAACAAACACUGGCAUGCAGUGCGAAGCAGUGUCCCUUCUCAGCUCCUCGGGAAAUGCUCCCUUAUCCCGUAAGUACAUUUAACCCAUCUGAAACCAGAGCACCGUGGGCUUUAUCCCCUUCCCUGCCUGCUCCGAAGUCUGUGUGCUCCACAAAACAGUGGUGGUGUUCGUUUAGGAUGGGCUAACCUGCAUGUGUACCAAUACCUGGUGCGUUUGUGUUUGUUGGGAGAGAAGUCAGAGUGCCUGUGAUUUGUUAACUCUGGUAUAAUUAUGUCCUUUCCUGUGACUGUUACUGUCACUACCAGAAGCCACUGCCUGGCCAGGAUUUGUCAGGAACAUGAAGUCCUGGUCGUAGGAAACACUUGACACCUGAGCUGACGGCUGCGUCAGCGAGCAAACAGUUGCAGCAUGGCUUUGUGUGGCUGUCACGGUCCUGAAUGGAGCCGGACUCCACUAGGGAGUGCAGGAACGGAGUGUGAGGGAUCGGCAAGGACAGUGAGAGUGUCGAGAGGAGAGUGGCUCCCUCUGAGGCUGGGACCAGCGAGGCUGGCAGAGGAGCAGCAGGGGUGCCCUGAGGAGCCCCCAGUGCUGAGUCUGUGGGGACAGGCAGCGGCCGAGUCACCACCAGGGUUAUCCCUGCUCCGUCCCGGCAGGUCGUGUGCCCGCCGCCUUGUGCCAUCUCCCUCGCGGUGCACACAGCAUCGCUACUUUGAUUCUCGGAAGAAAAGAAAAAUGGCAGAGAUCUACCAGGCUCUGGACAGUGACCCCAUCGACGUGGCAGCGCUCCGGCGCAUGGCCAUCAGCAAGGGUGGGCUGCUGACUGAUGAGAUUCGUUGCAAAGUGUGGCCGAAGCUGCUGAGUGUUAAUACGGAUGACCUGCCUCCUCUUCCAGCAGGAAAGGAGCUGCGAGAGGACAAUAAAGAUUACCAGCAAGUGUUACUGGACGUGAGGCGAUCCCUGCGCCGCUUCCCACCAGGGAUGCCGGAUGACCAGAGGGAAGGACUGCAGGAGGAGCUCAUCGAUAUCAUCCUCCAUGUCCUAAAGCGCAACCCCCAGUUGCACUACUACCAGGGCUACCAUGACAUCGUGGUCACCUUCCUCCUGGUGGUGGGGGACAGACUGGCCACGGCUCUGGUGGAAAAGCUCUCGACGCAUCAUCUCAGGGAUUUUAUGGACCCAACGAUGGACAAUACCAAGCACAUUUUAAAUUACCUGAUGCCCAUCAUAGAGCGAGUGAAUCCAGAGGUGCAUGACUUCAUGCAGAGCGCGGAAGUGGGAACCAUCUUUGCUCUCAGCUGGCUGAUCACCUGGUUUGGGCACGUUUUGUCUGACUUCAGACAUGUUGUGCGAUUAUAUGACUUCUUCCUGGCAUGCCACCCGCUGAUGCCCAUUUAUUUUGCGGCUGAGAUCGUGCUGUACCGGCAGCAGGAAGUUCUGGACUGCGAGUGCGACAUGGCCUCUGUGCACCACCUCCUGUCCCAGAUCCCACAGGAUCUUCCUUACGAGUUUCUGAUCAGCAGAGCCGGGGACCUUUUUGUCCAGUUCCCACCAUCCAAACUCGCCAGGGAGGCAGCUCAGCAGCAGGCUCAGCGAACUGCGGCUUCCACUUUUAAGGACUUUGAGUUGGCGUCAGUGCAGCAGAGACCAGACACUGUGUUGAGGCAGCGCCUCAGGGAGCGCCCCCGAGGGGAGGAGCGGACAAAAUCCAUCUUGACAAAGCCAAGGACCAACCGCUUUGUCAAGCUCGCGGUGAUGGGGCUGACGGUCGCGCUGGGAGCAGCUGCCCUGGCCGUGGUGAAGAGCGCGCUGGAGUGGGCGCCCAAGUUUGAACUGCAGAUUUUCCCCUGACACCAGAGGAAGAGCCUUCACUGUCACCACCCCCUUCCCUGGUGGGAAGGGACAAUGUUUGAUGAGAGGACGUGUCCAGAAAUGACCCGUUUAAAGAUUAUUUUUUGUAUUCUUGCUGCGUCCUUUGACGCUUUUGGCCUUUGUGACAGAGACUGAUGGGAACCAGCCCAGCAGGAUUGUUUCCCGCAACGAUGCUCACCUUGUUCUCUCCUCCCCGUGCCGGGGCAAGCAGAUGGGCACCGCCGCUGUCUCGUGAGGAACCGGAGCUGCAGACGAGCCGAGCUCUUUGGCCUUGCACAGGUGACUCCAUGAGUGCAGAGCCGCGCGUAGGUUAUGCCGGAACGAUCCCACGUGUUGGGCGUGAUUAGUGUGAGCGAGGGCAGAUCCUCGCCUGUAGGAGGGUGUUAUAACAGGGUUUGGCCUAGGUGCGUGGGGACGAGGGGCUGUAACACUCCUGAAGAAGCAAGGAGCCCUCUGGCUCUGCAGCAUUCUCAUUUGCAGGCAGCUGGCACUCCCUGCCUGUGCUCAGCUUCGCCUGUGGUCCAACCCUGCCCUACAGGGAACCUCUGAGUAGAUAGAGUCCAGCCUCUCACAAAGCCCUAUGAGCGUUCUGCACGUCUUUAUCUCCACUGACACUCCCUGGCUCCUUUCGCUUUCUCAUCUUUGCAGCCGGAUCUGUUUACAGGAGGGAAGGGCAGGGACAGGAGCAGAUCUGUGGGACUGGCAGCUCUGUCACGGGGGCUCCUUCGCUGGCGGUGGCGUGGUUGUAUCAGGUCAGUGAGGUGAGGGACGAGUGCUGCCUGCCCUGCCCAACGUAUGAUUGCAUCAGCACAAAAUGAGCAGCACUAUAAAUGCCCGCUGCAGACUUCCACAGCUCUGGAAGCAGGUAACGCAGAGAAGGGGUUUUCCCACCUUGUGAAACACUUUGCACAGGAUAGAAGUCACGGUGGUAGGAAGUCUGUCUUAGCUCUCCCCCAUGAGCUGAUCAGACUUCAGUGUCACCCCCUGAAAUAACACAAGUGAGGGAGUUUCCGAGAAAGGCCACCCUGACCCCUGUGUAGCUCCUGUUUCCUACCCAGUCCCGUUAAUGGUCCUAACACUCUCUGCCCUCCAAGCUCAGCAGCAAAUCCUGGACAACGCGGUGUCCCAUUGAGCUGAAGCCAAUAGACACUGUAUGCCUCUACCUCUCCCCUCAGCUGCUAAACCUCCCGCAAGUGCCCUUACCUGUCUGUCAUGGCUCCCACCCUGCUUCCUGCCAUUGCUGUCUUGUGCCCAAAGCCAUCCGUGCCAUGCCCAGGGGCUGCACACCUGGAAAGCAGGAUUAGUUGAAGCGUUGUGGAUUUUGGGAUCAAGAGGAAAGCUCGUGCCCUGCAAAGCUCAGCACACUCCUGUCCCAGUCCCUGCCUGUUUGUUCAGAACCACCUCUGGGGAGGUUCUGCAUCUUCCUGUGGGCCCUCGCUCUAGUAAGGGCUGUGCCUUUCAGACCAUCAGGCUGGCUGGGGGGCGUGCGGGCAGUGUCGCACCUGACCCGCAUUUCCAUAAAGCUCUGAGCAGCAGAGUUUGCUUUGCCUCUGCAGGCUGAGAGCCCGAGACUGGGAAUGUGCUGUGGUAGAGGUAGGGCAGUGAGACCCGUUCCCCUGCCACUGGCUCUUGCCAGGGCUGCCCACACCAGCAGGAGCUGAGGGGCUGCUCAGGAGUACCAUUUUGCAGCAUGGCUGAAGGCAGAGCCCAUUUCUGGCCCUCGGCACCUCCCCAGGGCCGCAGCAGUGUGAGGCAGAGAGCUGGCUGACUUAGCACUUUAGAAACUGGUGGGGCAGGAGAGUCUGUGGUGACCAGGGCUGCUGCCAGAGGUUCUGGACCCCCUUGGCGCUGCCCUGAUGGAGAGGAAGCUCCUGUGCCCCCCACUCUCUGGCCAUGAUGCACUUUAGUUCUUGCAGUGUCCCCAGGGGAGGAAGGGCCUGGGAGGAGACGGUCGCUUCGGGUGCUCCAGUUACUCUGUACACACACUUACACAUACAGGUUUGUACAAACCCUAUAACUGUAAAAUAAACAGUUACUAAACGCGCUUCCUUCCCUCCCCCUGUGCCAGGGUGGGACCAGGGCUGCCUGAUCUCUCCUGAUUGCCUGGAGCUGGCAAUCCCCACGUGGCCAGGCCAGCCCUGCGGUCGCUGACCCAUGUGGCCCCACGUCCAGCAGCCCAUGGGAAGAGAAGUGGGAGCAGAGCCAAACGGUGCUUUCGUGCCCCAGUUGCCAUUCUCCUUCUGUCUGCCUACCUUUGGUGAAGCGCCAGCACUUCCAUGUGCUGUCGGUUCUCCGUGGCGUCCCCCACAUCAGCAGCACGGCAGGCAGAGCGGGGCUGUAAAUAGCCUGACCUCCCGGGCCCUUUUGCACCCU